AUGGCGCGCCGACCCGCUCGUUGCUAUCGGUACUGCAAGAACAAGCCGUACCCUAAGUCGCGGUUCAACCGUGGUGUGCCGGACCCCAAGAUUCGCAUUUUCGAUCUCGGCCGCAAGCGUGCCACCGUCGAUGACUUCCCGCUCUGCAUCCACCUUGUGUCCAACGAGUAUGAGCAGCUGAGCUCCGAGGCCCUCGAGGCCGCCCGUAUUUGCGCCAACAAGUACCUCGUCAAGACGGCCGGUAAGGAAGGUUUCCACCUCCGCGUCCGCGCCCACCCGUACCACGUCGUCCGUAUCAACAAGAUGUUGUCUUGCGCCGGUGCCGAUAGACUGCAAACUGGUAUGCGUGGUGCUUGGGGUAAGCCCAACGGCACUGUCGCCCGCGUCAACAUUGGCCAGAUUCUCAUGAGCGUCCGCACUCGUGACACUAACCGCGCCUUUGCCCUCGAGGCCCUCCGCCGCUCCCAGUACAAGUUCCCUGGCCGCCAAAAGAUCAUUAUCUCCAAGAACUGGGGUUUCACCCCUCUCCGUCGUGAAGAGUACCUGGAGAAGAAGGCCGCUGGCCGCGUCAAGGUCGACGGUGCCUACGUCCAGUUCCUCAGCAACCGCGGCAACCUCGAGAACAACAUGAAGCGCUUCCCGGAUGCCUUCACCGCCUAA